CAUCCAUUCCCCUGACUCUUACCCUUGGAGGAGGCCAGUCAUGGGAGAAACAGGCAAAGAAGAGUAUAAAAUACAGUCGUUCGACACCGAGACGCAGAAGCUGCUGAAAACAGCCCUCAAAGACCCCAGCAACGUGGACCUGGAGAAAGUGGCCAAUAUUAUAGUGGACCAGUCCCUCAAAGACUGCGUGUUCAGCAAGGAGGCAGGGCGCAUCUGCUACACCAUCAUCCAGGCAGAGAGCAAACAAGUCGGGCAGAGCAUCUUCCGGAGGUGGCUGCAGCAGGAGUACAAGGACCGGGAGGAGCUGCGCGCCCGCUCGCUCCAGGCCUGGAUCUGCUACGUCACCUUCAUCUGCAACAUCUUCGACUACCUGAGGGUGAACAACAUGCCCAUGAUGGCUCUGGUGAACCCCGUUUACGACUGUCUGUUCCGGCGGCCAACGCCCGCCAGCCUGUGCAAGGAGGAAGAGGUGGACUGCUUGGUCCUGCAGCUCCACCGCAUCGGCGAGCAGCUGGAGAAGAUGAACUCCCAGCGGAUGGAUGAGCUCUUCUCCCUCCUCCGGGAUGGUUUCCUCCUGCAGGAGGGGCUCAGCUCCCUGUCCCAGCUCCUGCUGUUGGAGAUCAUCGAGUUCCGAGCUGCCGACUGGAAGAUGACGGACGCUGCCCAGAAGUACUAUUACAGUGAAGUGACGGAUUAAGCCCUGCAG